GGUCAGUCAGUGUCACUACGAGGCUUCUCUUGCAAGCGACUCUUGAUCUAAAAGUUAACCCUUUGAGAAAACGUGUCCCUCAACAUGUUUGACAAGGAGAAAAAGAAGACAUCACUGCGAUCCUGAUUCUGUUUAUAAGAUAUUCUCUUACUUAAUUUCUUCAUUGAUUGAGAGUUUGUCCCCAAUUUUGUGCGAUUCAUCUUGUUCUUCUGUAAUUAUAGUUAGUAUGAGCCGAGAUUAGCUCCUAUUUUACAGAUAUUAUAACAACACACAGUACAAUCGGCUUGAGCUAUAUAUAUAUAUAUAUAUAUAUAUAUUCUAACUUGUUCUUUACGUACGAAGGGCGUUUGGCUGAUCUGCUAAAAGUGUGCGAUCUUCGUAGAAGCUUGUGAGGGUGGACAUGGAGGAACGGUAUGAGCCACUGAAAGAACUUGGUUCAGGGAAUUUCGGAGUGGCCAGGUUGGUGAGAGACAAGAUCACGAAAGAGCUUGUUGCUGUCAAGUACAUAGAAAGGGGGAAUAAGAUUGACGAGAAAGUUCAGAGGGAGAUCAUUAACCACCGAUCUUUAAGGCAUCCGAACAUUAUCAAGUUUAGAGAGGUCUUGCUGACCCCAACUCAUUUAGCCAUUGUCAUGGAGUAUGCUGCAGGUGGUGAACUCUUUGAGAGAAUCUGUAAUGCUGGUCGAUUCAGUGAAGACGAGGCGAGGUUUUUCUUCCAGCAACUAAUAUCUGGAGUUAGCUAUUGUCACUCAAUGCAAAUUUGUCACAGAGAUCUGAAGUUGGAAAACACGCUCUUGGAUGGAAGUCCAACACCUCGACUCAAAAUAUGUGACUUUGGUUACUCCAAGUCUGCUAUACUGCACUCUCAACCGAAAUCUACCGUUGGAACUCCUGCUUACAUUGCUCCAGAGGUUCUGUCACGAAAAGAGUAUGAUGGAAAGAUUGCAGAUGUUUGGUCAUGUGGUGUAACGCUUUAUGUCAUGUUAGUUGGAGGAUAUCCAUUUGAAGAUCCUGAAGAUCCUAGGAAUUUCCGAAAGACCAUUGGAAGAAUAAUGAGUGUUCAGUACUCCAUACCCGACUAUGUACGUAUCUCUGCAGAUUGCAGACAUCUUCUUUCUCGCAUCUUCGUCGCCAAUCCUGCCAAAAGGAUAACAAUCCCGGAGAUAAAAGAGCACCCUUGGUUUUUGAAGAACUUGCCUAAAGAGAUAAUUGAAGCUGAGAAAAAAGUGAAUGAGGAAGCGCAGAAAGAUCAACCGAGCCAGAGUGUUGAAGAAAUAAUGCGAAUCGUUCAAGAGGCAAUGACACCGGGGAAAGAUUCCAAGGGUGGAAGCCAAGCUGGUGGAGGAGGUUCGUUGGACGGUGAGGAUGAUGAUGAUGAUGAAGAAUCUCAACUUGAUGUUAGUGGUGACUAUGCUACAACACAGUGACAACUGUCAUAUUUUGCAUUGUAUAUUAUGUUCAAGAACAUAUCAAGCCUGGUUCAUAGAUGGGGUUUGUGUUUAUCAGCUAAAUAAUGUAUCAGAUUCCUUAUUUGUAAAAAGGCUUGAUUGGUGUUACUUUCAGUCACAAACCAAAAAUCACAAAGCUGCGAAAGUUAUAAUUUUUUUUUCCUUGUAAGAAAAGGCAGAGAGAAAACAGUUCGGCCGUGGAAUUUGAUUUAUAAGCAUGUGCUUCAUUAAUAUUAUACAUUCACUAUGAAUGAAGAUAACCAUUUUUGUUUAA